AUGCGACGGAACCUUUACAACACUAAUGCGGCGAAUGCACUGCUUCGUCAUCGUCAUUGUCUCCACAACAUCAUAUUGCCCGCUUACCCGAGCCAGCAUCAGACCAACGUACUUGAGAGCUUGCAGUGCACGAUGCCGGCGCUUCAGAGUAUGAAAGACUCACAAGGAAGAGAUGUCGUCCCAAUAUUCAUCAACGGCAAAGCUCUUCCAGUCAACGAAAGCAAGGUCCAACCAGUGAAGUCAGCAGCUCGAGACAAAACAAUCCAUUACUACGCCAGCGCUUCCAGGGACACCUGCAUCGAAGCCUGCGAUGUUGCUUCGAAAGCCUUCACAGGCUCAACCCUUUCCACGGGCCGCGAUGGCUGGCGAAGAGCUUCGGCCUUUACCCGCCGCGACAUCAUCCUCAAGGCUGCCGACCUCUUCGAGCAGCACCGGCAGUACCUAAUCGCAGCGCAAAUGCAAGAGACCUCAUGUCCUGAAGCCUGGGCAGUCAACAAUGUCAACAUCUCUAUCGCUUACAUGCGCGAGAUUGCCAGUGCUGUCAGUGCCAUUCGAGGCGACAUUCCACCCAUCGAAAAGCCAGACACGUUCGCGUUCGUGUUCAAAGAACCCGUUGGACCUGUGCUGAUCAUUCCUCCCUGGAAUGGGGCGCUCGUGCUUGCUGCUAGAGCCGUAACGUCUGCUAUCGGAGCGGGUUGUACUGUCGUCCUGAAGAGUAGUGAGCUCUGCCCUCUGACGCAUGUCACCAUAGUCGACAUCUUCCACCAAGCUGGUCUUCCGCCAGGCGUCCUCAACUCCUUAUCAGCAGAUCGCAAGAGCGCAGCUGAAGUUACAGAAACUCUCAUCGCCCAUCAUGCAAUCCGCAAAAUCGAGUUCAUCGGUUCUGCAGCCGUGGGUCGUAUCAUCGGUGCCAUAGCCGCGAAGCAUUUGAAACCCGUCCUGAUGGAGCUGGGAGGGAAAUGUCCAGCCAUUGUGCUAGAUGAUGCCAACCUCCAAAAAGCUGCAACGCUCUGCGCCAAGGGCGCCAUUCUGCACCACGGCCAAAUCUGCUUCGGCACAGAGCGUAUCAUCGUCCAGCGAAAGGUCGCUGCGCAAUUCCAGGAGCUCUUAAUCAAAGCCGUCGAAAAGGAAGAUGGAGGCUUCGCAGUCCACGCCGAAAUGGCGAAGAAAGCACAAGUCAUCCUCCAAGAUGCUCAAGACAAAGGCGCCACGUUCCUGACCGGAGGACCAGAAAUGUCCUCGCACGGCAAAGGUCUCAAACCUUCCAUCGUCCUCGUCGACUCAGCAACCAAGAGAGAAGAUCUGAAAAUUGUCGAUGAGGAAACGUUCGGGCCCUCAGCUUCCCUAUACGUCGUCGAAGACGAUACUCAUGCGAUCCAAGUCGCCAACGCGAGUGCCUAUGGCCUCAAUGCUACGAUCCACUCAACCAAUAUGGAGAGAGCGAUUAAGAUGGGCAGGGAGCUGGAGUAUGGGCAGGUACAUGUUAACAGUAUCUCGGUCUUUACGAGUCCGACGGGCCCGCAGGGUGGCGUGAAGGGAAGUGGAUGGGGGAGGCAGAAUAGUCGGUGGGGGCUGGAGGAGUACUUGCAGGAGAAGUUUAUUACGUAUCAUGGGAAGGAUGUGGAUGCUUGA